AUGCAAAGUCUCAAAGCAGAAAUUACAUGCAGUUCUCCAAGAAUAUCAAAUGGUUCUUUCCGACCUAAAAGAAGUAUAUACUAUGAUAGGGAUCUAAUCCAAAUUCAGUGUAACAAUGGAUUUACCUUUGAACCAGAUAAUGGAGGACAGGUGGUUGAAUGCACAAAAAAAGGAUGGUCACCUCCACCAAAAUGUGUCUUAGAAAUGACUUGCCAGAUAGAUCAUAUUGAACAUGGAACCAUAUUAUCUGCAAAGUUUGUUUAUAAGGAAGGUGAGAGAAUAUGGUUCUCCUGUAAUGAAGGAUACAGAUACGUUGGCAGACCAGAUGCCUUAUGUACUAAGAAUGGAUGGAGUACAAAACCUCAGUGUACAAAAAUUCAGUGUCCCCCUCCAGAAGUGAGGAAAGGCUACAUUCAACCUAGCCGAUCUCAAUACAUGUACAAUGAUGAAAUUACGAUAUUCUGUCGUAGAAAUAAAUUUUUUAAAGUUAUGAGACUCCCCCGCAAAAUUUCUAAAUGUACUGCUAAUGGUUGGAACCCCCCUGCUCUGUGUGGAGGCCUCAGACAAUGAAUGACAGCAGCCCAUUUUAACCAGCAUGUGGACGUCAGUAAUCACGAAUAAUUUUCUUUAAUAACCCUACAUGAAGCUUCAUUGUGUUUGUUCAAUCCACGAACUCU